GUGUGCCACAAGUUUGAAUUCUCUCCAUAACUAUAGACAGCUUUCAUUUCUUUUCAUUUUUAAUUAGAAAAUAAAAAAGACAGCUUUUUUUGGUGUGGUUUGGGACAGCGUUGUGUUGUGUUUGGUGUGAAUAACAUAGCAUCGGGUAUCGUGUCGUAAAGUGUUGGGUUUCUUAGCGUACACCGUGUGCCGCAUCUUCAUCGCACAUAAUGCACCUGCUUCUCCAUUAUGCUUCAUCAUUUGAAUGAACCCUUUUUCUCCAUACCAUUCGCUUCCCUUUUGUUACCCUUAGUGAAUGAUUUCUCUUUGUUUCCACAACUUGUAGAAACAAAAACUGAAUUCUUUUGAAUAAAGUACAAAUUCUAAGAUAGACCAAGAAUAUUCAGACACUCCAAGUUUUCCCUCUUCGGAAGAAAAUGGGAAUGGGAACUAGCACCUUUGUUACUAGAUGGAUCAACUUUCUCACCAUGGAUGCAAGGCUCAAAGCAGUGUGUAAUCGGGGAAGAUGAAAACAGAAAAAGACGAGAAAACAUCUCCAGCUGUUUUUAUUUUCUGGUUUGCUAAAGAACUUGUUUUGGAAACAAUUUUCAAAACAUAAUAGAUUUUAUAUGAGAAUCUGAUUGAUUUGUGGUAUGGAAAUGUUGCUGAAAACAAUUUUCAAACCUAAAAAGUGAAAAGGGAAUCAAACAGGCUGCAAGUAUUUUAUUAUCAUUGCUUUUACGAUUUGUGAUUGUUUAUGCUGAUUUCUUGUUCACCUUGCGCAGCUUUUGGCCAUUGUUGUGAUAAUUUUUGGAGUGUGGAUGAGCACUCAUCAUGAUGGCUGCAGAAAGUCUCUCACUUUGCCUGUGAUAGGCCUCGGAGCAGUUAUUUUCUUGAUAUCUGUAGUUGGCUUUUUGGGUGCCCUGAAAGACAUUUCCAUACUCUUAUGGGUUUAUCUGAUUUCGCUGUUCAUUGUCUUGGUGGGAAUCCUGGUCUUCACAGUAUUGGUGUUCAUCGUCACCAACAAUGGAUCAGGUCAUAGCGUGACUGGCUUGAGGUAUAAGGAGUAUCAGCUUCAGGAUUUUAGUUCUUGGUUUCUCAAAGAGUUAAACAAUUCUCAUAAUUGGGAGAGAUUGAAGGUUUGUCUUGUCAAAUCUGAAGACUGCAAUAACCUAUCCAAAAAAUAUAAGACUCUUAAACAAUAUAAAUCAGCUAAAUUGACGCCAAUUGAAGCUGGUUGCUGCCGACCACCUUCUCAGUGUGGAUAUCCUGCUGCAAAUGCAUCCUACUAUGACUUGACUUUUCAUCCAGUUAGCCCCAACAAUGACUGCAAGCGAUACAAAAAUUCUCGAGCCAUCAAAUGCUAUGACUGUGACUCUUGCAAGGCUGGUGUAGCACAAUACAUGAAAACCGAGUGGCGAGUUGUUGCUAUAUUUAAUGUUGUUUUAUUUGUUGUCUUGUCAAUUGUAUACUUUGUGGGAUGCUGCGCGAGACGAAAUGCAGCCAGAAGGCAUUCUAAAGCUUGAAUGGAACCCGCAUGAAGCCAUCAUCAUAAUGCUUUUUCAAUUUUGAAGGAGAAAAUCAGUGAAACUUCCUAAAUUCGUGUUAUCUUUAGAGGACCCCUUGAUGGGAUUCGUGUUAGCUUGAAUGUGAACACCAUCACUUCAAUUGUUAAUAUCUUUGAUGUUAUUAUUUGAUUUGAUGUGAAUAGAAAAUCCAAAAUUAGCAAACAUUGUGGUGGUUACGAUGUCUUGUUCGUUUGCUUAUUAGAUAAUAAGAGAAGACAAAUAACCUUUUAUCAAUUCAACGUAUUUCACAGCA